CCAGCCUGCCUGCCUGACUGACUGCCCACCAGAAAUGUUGGCAAAAACACCCCCUCCUCAUCGUGUAGGGAAAAAAUGGCGGACAAGCGCUAAGCCAACAUCAGAAACAAACACACACGUUACAAAGCAAGACGGAAAAAACAGGGACCGGGCCGCUUUAAUUUGGACGCCACCCCCCUCGGCGGAGGAAAAAGGCGCACUUCCAUUGAAAAGAAAAUCAUCCGGGGUGGAGAGACGCUGCUAAACGGUUAUGAAGUUUUAAGAGUGGACGCCACUGUUGUUGUUGGAGCAUGAGGAAACCAGUCCCACAGAAAGCUAUAGAGUGGAAAGAUGCCAGAAGGAUCAAGCAUGGCCGGAGUGGACGGCCCUCCCGGGUGCCCUCACAGUACCAAGGACAUUUUAGUUGGGAGAAAUACCUGAAAGAGACGGGUGCCUCCGCUGCACCCUCCACUUGCUUCAGACAGAGCCUCACACCUCCGCUCAACGAGUUCAAGGCCGGGAUGAAGCUGGAGGCCCAGGACCCGCGAAACACGACGUCCACCUGCAUCGCUACGGUGGUGGGCCUGACGGGCUCACGGCUGCGGCUGCGCCUGGACGGCUCUGAUAACAAGAAUGACUUCUGGCGCCUGGUGGACUCCUCCGAAAUCCAGCCAAUCGGUAACUGUGAGAAGAACGGAGGCAUGCUGCAGCCGCCGCUUGGUUUCCGUCUCAACGCGUCCUCUUGGCCCAUGUUUCUCCUGAAAACACUAAAUGGAGCAGAGAUGGCCCCCUCUCGCAUCUUUCACAAGCAGGAGCCUCCCGCCCCAGAGCAGAACUCCUUCCAGAUUGGCAUGAAGCUGGAGGCGGUGGACCGUAAAAAUCCCCACUUUAUCUGCCCGGCCACAGUGGGUGCACUGCGUGGUGUCGAGGUGUUGGUCACCUUUGAUGGCUGGCGGGGAGCCUUUGACUACUACUGCCGCUAUGACUCGCGUGACAUCUUCCCUGUUGGCUGGUGCGCCCUCACUGGAGACAACCUUCAGCCACCUGGCACCAAAGUAGUGUUGCCUAAGAGCCUUGGGGCAUUGACAGACGGGAGUGUGGAGAGCCCAGCCAUGCAUCCCACGCCCACAGUGGGCAGACCUCCAGGUCAGAGAGGACGCAAGCCAGGCCGCAGGAAAACCAAGGUGACAGGGCCUUGGAACCAGAAGGGCCCAGGGUUUGGACCACAGAACAUCCAGCCAAGCAAAAGCCUGGAGCCCAUCAAGAUCCCCAAGAAACGAGGGCCCAAGCCUGGCAGUAAGCAGUUGGGCUGGGCAAAGAGAGCUGGCUGGCUGGAGGAUGCCAUGGCUGGCCCAGGACGGCCGGUGACAGGCCCAGGGCGAACCAGGGGCAGACUGCCUGCCAACUGGGCACAGAGGAUAGCUCUGCAGCAGGCCCAGACUCUGGCAGAACCCAUCAAGAUCCCAAAGAAAAGAGGUCCCAAGCCUGGCAGCAAGAGGAAACCACGUGUGGUACCUAAUCCAGUCCCCACGUCUCCCACCAGCAGCACCCCAGAGCCCGACACCAGCACUGUGCCUCUGGACAAUGCCACCAUCCCCAACUCUGCACUACAGGCCCCCACAGUUUGUGUGUACCUAAACAAGUACGGCAAGGUGGGGCCCCAUUUGGACCAGCGGCGAAUCCAGCAGCUCCCGGACCACUUUGGGCCAGGCCGGGCCUCCUCUGUGCUCCAGCAGUGUGUUCAGGCUUGUGUGGACUCCGCCCACAAUCAGGGCACAGUCUUCUCCUGCCUCAAGUCUGGACAAGGAGGCGAAGUCAUUUCAGCCUACUUUGACCAGCAGCAGCACACCCUGACCCUGCCCACAGUCAGCAGUGUCACUUACGUCCUCCGCUUCCUGGAAAAACUCUGCCACAACCUUCACUGCGAUCCUUUGUUUGGCAGCCAGCCUGUAGCCAGAGGAGGCCUGCACUACGACAGUCACACAUACACUACAGAGAGGAGAAGUUUUGGAGACAGCCUAACAACAGGCCCGGGCAGAGGCACCAAGCGGUUCCUCCGGGACUACAACAGUCCGCUGCCACAGAAACUAUCCAAAAUCCCUCGUCACUCCACUGAUGGUGAGUCCUUCAUGGAGAACAGUGUCGCAGCAUCAGAGCACUUAAAGAAGAGCCCUCUGUCUCCAAACUCUACGGUACAAACCCCCGGGCUGAGGUCUCCUUCCAAGCUGCUGCAUCAUAACAACUCCACAGGCUCAGGCAGUUUCAGGGAGAGCCCGAGGCCGAGUGGUCAGGACCCCAACCUGUGGACGGUGGAGGAUGUCAUGCAGUAUAUCAGAGAUAUCGACCCAGUGCUGGCGCCACAUGCUGACCUAUUCAGAAAACACGAGAUUGACGGCAAAGCGCUCCUGUUGCUGCGCAGCGACAUGAUGAUGAAAUACAUGGGCUUGAAGCUCGGUCCCGCCCUCAAACUCACCUUCCACAUCGACAAGCUCAAGCGGGCUUGAGGAGGUCAGCCGACCAUCGCAGCCUUCCAAAGGACUAAACUCCACCCGCAUCUCUCCGUUCUAGGAUCAGUAUAUCAUGCACUGCAUAUCGGACGUAUACUGACCAUCUACAUGUAGCGACUUCCAUCAGACCACCAUAUCUGGUAUUACAUAACCCUGUCCUGACCUCAUCCAAUGAGGAAUGUUUAUUUUGUGUAGCACAAUCCAGCCUUAAGGCAGCAUGGGAUACGUAGGAUCACCCACUUGUCCGUCAUCUGUUUUGCAUUUCAGUAUAACUUGAAGAGUCAUAUGUGGCCAUCUUAACUGUAAAAGGCUUUUUUUGGGCCUGCUUUUAUUAUGUUACAUUUAUUCUGUACAUUUCAUAUUUUGUACUUUAUGGAUAUAUGGACAUGUAUUUUUGCCUUUUUCGACGGUUUGUGUGGAAUAUGCUAAAAGAACCCUAAAGGAAGCAGAGAAAACACUACAUUCGUCCCAAGAGUUGGGAAGGCUUCUGGUUAACGUCUCAGUUUGAGGCAGGAUUUUGCAUCUACAACGAUAUUAAUUAUGAGAAGAGCACGUUUUAUGAAAGGAAACAAGAAAAAACUUUAUUCUGAAAAUACUGCCAUGAGGAAAUCUGCUUCUUUAUUCUUAUUCUGGAUGUUGUUUACAAUGCCUUGUCUUGUCUUUGUUAUUUGUACUUUUUUAAUUUUUAUACUAUAUUAUUAGAGUUCCUACAUGGAGAGCCCUAUCAUACUUAACAGCAAUUUGUUCAAUAAAUAUAUAAUAAUUCAA